AUGAGGACUGCCCUGGUCUUCGCCUGCCUGGUGGGGAUGGCGUGCGCCUUCUCGGUCAAGAGCUGGCUGCGACGAGCCAAGUCAGACGAUUCAGAAGAAAACGCGGUGUUCAAGAAGAGGCACCGGUAUUACGUGUAUAGAUAUGCCUAUGUGCAUCCCCUGCCACGACGAUACCAGGGCAGUGACUCAUCGGAGGAAGAGGGGGAUGGCUCGGAGGAGGAGGAAGGCGGGGGCAAAGCCUGCCAAGGGACCCUGAAAGGGGGCAGGAUCCAUGCUGCUGGCAAGGGGGGUGACUCUGAAAAUGAAGACAGUGACGAGAAUGAGGAGGAGGAAGAGGAGGAAGAAGAGGUAGCUGAGAACGAGAACAGCAUCAAUGGCACAAGCACCAACACCACCGAGGGGGCAGACGGACCUCAUGGCAAUGGCACUGCGGAGGAAGAGGAGGAGGAAGAGGAAGAAGAGGAAGAGGAGAAGGAGGAGGAGGAGGAGGAGGAAACUGAAGCGACCACCAUUGCCAGUACCACCAGUGAAGAGGGGCUGUCCCAGGCAACCACCACGGGAGAUGGGGGACCCACGGAUGCUACCACAGCCGGGGAGCAGUGGGAGUAUGAGGUGACAGCUGGGGGCCACGGCCGGGGCGAUGAGGGCACCACUGACGGCAGCUAUGGGGAGCACGACGAGUACGCCCGCGGGGACAGCUACCGGGCCUAUGAGGAUGAGUAUGGCUACUACAAGGGGCAUGGCUAUGAUGUGUAUGGCCAGGAUUACUACUACAACCAGUGA